AUGGGCGACUCUAUGCUGCACCAGGAAUACGGAAAGACCAGGGCGCAAUGGCUGGCCUCGCUCGACACCGAGUACAAGCCACCGACCCAGUUCCGCCGCACGAGCAUCAUCUGCACAAUCGGUAUGUUGGAGCGGUCGGGAAUCAACGCAAUGCGGGAACAGAGCUGACAGUACUCAACGCAGGCCCCAAGACCAACUCGGCGGAGAAGAUCAACAUGUUGAGAAGUGCCGGUCUCAAUGUCGUCCGCAUGAACUUCUCCCACGGUAGCUACGAGUACCACCAGUCCGUAAUCGACAACGCACGCAAGGCCGAAGCGACACAGCCAGGCCGCCCAGUUGCCAUUGCUCUCGAUACCAAGGGCCCUGAGAUCCGAACGGGUAACACCCCUGGCGACGAGGACAUUCCCAUCUCCGCCGGCUCGGAGAUCAACAUCACCACCGACGACAAGUAUGCCACCGCCAGUGACAACAAGAACAUGUACGUCGACUACAAGAACAUCACAAAGGUCAUUGAGGCGGGACGCACCAUCUACGUCGAUGAUGGUGUGCUGGCCUUUGAGGUGGUCGAGGUCACAGAUGACAAGAACAUCAAGUGCAAGGCUAUCAACAACGGCAAGAUCAGCAGCAAGAAGGGUGUCAACUUGCCCAAGACUGAUGUCGAUCUUCCUGCUCUCUCGGAGAAGGACAAGGCAGACUUGAGAUUUGGUGUCAAGAACAACGUGGACAUGGUCUUUGCCUCGUUCAUCCGUCGUGCUGAGGACAUCACCGCCAUUCGAGAGGUGCUCGGCGAAGAUGGCAAGGACAUCCAGAUCAUUGCCAAGAUUGAGAACCAGCAGGGUGUGAACAACUUCGACGAGAUCCUCAAGGUUACCGACGGUGUCAUGGUUGCCCGUGGUGAUUUGGGUAUUGAGAUUCCACCAGCUCAGGUCUUCAUUGCUCAGAAGAUGAUGAUCACCAAGUGCAACAUCGCUGGAAAGCCAGUCAUCUGCGCUACCCAGAUGCUCGAGAGCAUGACUUACAACCCUCGCCCCACCCGUGCCGAAGUCAGCGAUGUGGGUAACGCUGUCCUGGACGGUGCCGAUUGCGUUAUGCUUUCUGGUGAGACGGCCAAGGGCAACUACCCCAAGGAGUCCGUGACGAUGAUGCACGACACUUGCUUGUUGGCCGAGGUCGCCAUUCCAUAUCUCAAUGCUUUUGAUGAGCUCAAGCGUCUCGCACCACGGCCAGUGCCCACCUCGGAGAGCUGCGCCAUGGCGGCUGUCUCUGCUUCUCUUGAGCAGAACGCAGGUGCCAUCCUGUGCUUGACCACGUCGUAAGUGCAUCCGUUCAAAUUCCAAGUUCAAUGAGCUAACAGUCGAUUACACAGAGGCCACACCGCCCGCCUGAUCUCCAAGUACCGCCCUGUCUGCCCUAUCAUCAUGGUCACCCGUAACGGCCGCGCCUCGAGAUAUUCUCACCUCUACCGUGGCGUAUACCCAUUCCACUACGACGUCGCCAAGCCCGACUUCAAGACCACUCCAUGGCAGGAGGAUGUUGAUAACCGUCUCAAGUGGGGCAUCAAGAACGCCAUUCUCCUGGGUGUGCUCAAGAAGGGCGACGCAGUUAUUUGCGUUCAGGGAUGGAGAGGUGGCAUGGGCCACACCAAUACCCUGCGUGUGGUGCCAGCUGAGGAUGAUCUCGGUCUGGAUCAGAACGCUUAG